AUGCCGGACUGGUCGAGCGUCGCUGAGAUCACCAAGGAUAGCGAGGUCUUUAUCCGCUUGAUCUUCGCCCUCUUCGGUCUUUACUGCUGGGAGCUCUUCUCGACCUGCACCUUUGAGUGGUCCCUCAUCCAGAAGAAACGCCAGUUUAAGUGGCCUUUGGUGAGAGUUAUAUCCCUGCCGACCAUCGUCUUCUUCUUCCUCUGUCGAUACUGCAUACUGUGGGCCCUCAUCGGACUGAUCAUCUCCUUUUCCGUCGAGUCCGAGGUUAACUGCAAUGCACUAUACACCUUCAACUCCUUUUGCGGGAACAUGGCGAUCCUCGCAGCGUCGACUACCCUGAUGCUGCGGACGAUCGCCUUGUGGGAACGUUCCCUGAAGGUCGUCAUCCCCGUCGGCAUUCUCUGCCUGGGCCACUGGGGCCUGCUCUGGUACGGCAUGUUCAUUGUCAGCGCGACGUGGGACCCCCAGGCGGGCGCGUGCGCCGUCGACAAGACCAACCAUAUCUUCCUUAGUAUCAACCUGUUGUACACUAUGGCGUUUGAUUUAACCGUCCUUGUUCUGACUAUGACUUCGUUGUUCCGGUCGGAGGGGCGUUCGGGUCUGUGGAAGAUGCUCUUCAAGGAUGGGCUGGUGUACUUCCUGGUGACGGCUGGCGCAAACACUUUGCCUGCUAUCCUGAACCUCCUAAACCUCAAUAUCAACGUCGGAUGUCCAUUCGUCGAGUCUCACAAACGUCUGUCGCCCGCAGCAUUGCCACAGUCCCCGCCGCAACCGUCGCGUAAGUCUGAUAACCUCUCCGAUCUAGCACCCAUCCUGACACCCGGUGCCUUGCCCAGGUCGAUCGCAGCAUGCCGAGCCGUCAUCCGGUUGCAGGACUACGCCAAGAAGGACCCGUACGUGCACAGCGCGUCGCUGAUCGCGAACGAGGUGCGCCUGUCGCGGUACGGCGCGAGCGUGAAGGCGCCGCGGUACAACAUCACGCGGCCCGAGAUUCACGUCACGACUGACCAGAUCGUCAUGGAGGACAUGUCGCCGGUAUCGCCCACGGCGGUGGGCUCGCAGUACGACGGGCGGCCAUUCGAUGGGACGAACGGGACCCUGAAGAUGAAGGGCUCCGAGGGCUCGCUCGACUCUUCGUCCUCGCACGGGAUCCACGUCCAGUUCGCCAGCACAAAAGAGGCGGACGAGUUCGCCGCGCACGCUGUCUGA